AUGCUUGAAUGGGUCCACAGUAAAAUCCCAAAUCUUCAACCACCGACCAAUUUUACAUCGUGCUGGAAGGACGGCAUCAUGAUAUGCGCGCUUGUAGAGGAAUUAAUACCUGGGUCCUGUCCACGUUACGAUCCUCUUAACUCUGAAAAAUAGCUUGGCCAAUGUUAAAUUAGGACUGAAACUAGUAGAACAAGCAAUUGGCAUCAAACCGGUAGAUACUGUAGUCAGGGGAUGGUGAAGGAUCGUGUACAGAAAUGGGAAAAUUCCUUUACGAGCAAACUAACAAUAAAUUUGCAAAAUCCCAGCUAUGGUGAUAAAAGCAUUAAAUCUAAUUCCCUGUCUGAUUUGACGUCUAAUAACCAAGACAGGGAUAGUAAAACCCAACCUACCUUUUCUUCAUUGCAAUUGUAUAUUAAAGAACAAAAUGCAUUUGCACUGACGGAAAAUAUUAAAGAUGACACCAAGCUGACUCCUUUAAAGAGCAAAUUUAGAACAGAAAAAAAAGAAUCUCAGGUUUUUAGCCAGAACUCUACAAAUUUUGAUGAGAAGGACAGAUACAAACCCAGCAAACUAGCUUCAGACGAAGCAACAGAAGUAUUUCAUCACGAAGAAGAUAAAACAGAAAAUAAGACAGAGUUUGAGGAAAGACAGUGGAAAAUAGAGCAAGCCAGGUCAGUUUGUCAGCAGCAGAAAUCAGAUACACGUGAAUCAACUUUCCAAAAAGGGAAACCCUUCCCCAAUAAUAUUUCGUGUUGUAAUUGUCGAACCAAAACCACUGUGGACAUAGGAGUUCAAGUUGAAACUGGAGACUUCAUUGUGAAAGAGCAACAGGCGGCCGUUCCAAGCCUUUCGACGGUUCCUACGUAUAAGGUAGACACAAGUAACUACUCUGUCAGCAAAAUAAAUUCUGGAUACCAGAGCUCUAGCUCAGGCUAUGGGGGCAAAUCCUUCUCUUCAGCUCCUCUGUCUAGUUUUGGUUCUACAUCUCAGAUUUCAAUAUUUGGAGGUCAGGAUUCAGAUGUUACUGAAGACAGUAAUAACGGUGAACCCAACCAGACUAAUGUAGGUGUUACUCUAAUUCAAUGGAAUAAAAAAAGUCGAGACAGAAGUAACAGUGAACCCAAAAAUCAUAUGGGAGCAUAUAACAAUUUUGACAAAAUUAUUCAAGAAAAGAAGACAAUAAUGAAUUGUAACUGCAAUUCUCAAGUGAAAAGAAACCCACUUUUUAAUAAAUCUUACCCUAUUAUGUUAGAUGAAGAAAACUGUUUGGGGGAAGGUCAUCGUCAAUAUUUCUUUGAAGAAGAAACAGAAAGUUCUAAGGGAUUCAUUGAUGACGAAAUUCCAGAUUACGCAACGUUGGUGUUGGGUGACUACGUCUCGUUUACAGGUCUUGUAGAUUCGGAUAGACCUAUUUCACAUCAGGAACUCACUGCAUUAGAUUGUAAAGAAGAAAACAACAAUGACAACAGCACGUCUGGCGAGAAAUAUGAAACCCAUAUACUUCUCCCGAGACCAGAAAAAUGUAGAGCAUUUGGAGCUGGAGUGUACUAUGGUCAAGUUGGAGUAAAAAAUCAUUUUCAGGUGAAAACAGGAGAAGCCGGAAAAGGAAGCCUGACAGUGAGUAUACAAGGUCCAGGCAGACAUGAUGUUCUAGAGACAACGGUUACUUACAUAGGAGAUGAUAUGUAUGAAAUUAUGUACGAAGUUUCGGAUCCCGGUUACUACAUUAUCUCUGUGAAGUGGUGUGAAUGGAAUAUUCUAGAGAGCCCAUUUAUAUGUAAAGUUACUUAUUAGAACCGUCAUAACCAGUGUCGAUAAACAUAGCCAUUCUUUAUAAGUUGAAAAUAACCAUAUUUUAGUUACGAAUAUAUAAGUACAAAUCUUAAAAAAAAGUGUUAAUUAUAUUAUUCUAAAACUUGGCACGGAUAAGUUCUCACAAGGUAUAUGUAUCGUUGUUUACACACUACAAUAUUACUAUACAACUUGUGUAUCUGUAUAUGUUGUGUAUAACCUUAGUUCAUUCAGUAAACAAGUACACAGUUAAAUAAUAUAUUCAGAUAAAUUUUUCUAUACUGGUAUCUCGUUUAACGCUGAUAUUUUACUACUAAGUAUUAGCUCGCUUUAUCAGAAUUUAAUGAUAACCUUUUUUGUUUUGAAAAUCACUGUAAGCUUGAAAGUGUACAAAUGUGACAACACAAGGAAGUUAUGCUGAAACAACAAAAGAUAAUUUAAGAAUGGUAUUUACUUGUUGUUUUUUUUUCAUGUGAAAGAUAUGUAAUUAUAACACUUAAUACCCAUAAAAUAAACGUUAAAAACAACUGUACUUUGCUUUCUU